AUGGGUGCAGAGCAAAUGGACUGCAGAAACUGGGACGAGGACUCGUACAGGGACGCCAUUUGGCAAGAAAGGGAAACCCUCUCGCGGACAGUUUUCCGGACCGUCUUUGCGCCGAACCCUAACCCUAACCCCAAUUCCGACCACAUCGUCACCGCCUCCAGCGAUGGGUGCAUCGCCUUGGCGGAACCGAGUUUUGCGACUCAAGGGCACGAUGGACCGGCUUAUGAUGUUAAGUUUUAUGACAAUUCGCUAUUGCUGAGUUGUGGUGAUGAUGGUCGGAUUCGAGGAUGGAAAUGGAAAGAAAUAUUAAAAAGUGAGGCACCUUUGCAAGGAAACAAGAUGAAGCCAUUGCUUGACUUGGUGAAUCCUCAACAUAAAGGUCCUUGGGGAGCACUCUCCCCAAUUCCAGAAAAUAAUGCUAUUGCAGUUGAUUCAAAGAGUGGGUCUAUAUAUAGUGCUGCUGGUGAUUCGUGUGCUUAUUGCUGGGAUGUGGAAAGCUGCAAGAUUAAGAUGGUUUUCAAAGGGCAUACGAGCUAUCUACAUUGUGUUGUAUCCUGCAAGUUGAGCAAUCAGAUUGUCACUGGUUCAGAAGAUGGCACUGCUCGCAUAUGGGAUUGCAAAAGUGGGAAAUGCAUACAAGUAAUAAACCCAGUAAGGGAUGAGAAGAAUGCAUCUUUUCCUUGUGUCGGUUGCAUUGCUCUUGAUUCAAGUGAGAGCUGGUUGGUUUCUGGUAAAGGCCAGUCGUUAUCACUUUGGAAUCUUCCAGCUCGUGAGUGCGUUUCGAGGGCCACAACUUGUGCUUCUGUCCAGGAUGUUAUAUUCGAUAAGAAUCAAAUUCUAGCUGUCGGAGCCGAACCAUUGCUUACACGAUUAAACAUAAAUGGAGAUAUUCUCUCACAGAUUCAAAUUGCUCCGCAAUCUGCAUUUUCCAUUUCUUUGCAUCCUUCAGAUGUAACGGCUGUGUCAGGUUACGGAGCACUCGUGGACAUGAUUUCACCGCUCGGGAGCCACUUGUGUACAUUCCGGUGCCGGGGGCCAUAA